GCGGAACAACUUUUUCUACACCACCACGAAAUUUUGGUCCCGGGUUGGAUCGCCAGUAGUCCAACCGACGAUUCGUACCGGUCGUGUGGAACGAACACGGCACCGAUGCGUUUGAUCCCGCGCGACACGGCACAGAAAACCCCAAUGAGAGGUGUGCUGGACAGCCGGUGGGCCCGAUCGAAGCAAGCCGCGAUCGACCCGAGCGGAGGACUGCGGCAGUGUAGGUAGAACAGCUGUACGGUAGCCUUACAUUAGCCUUUGUUUGGGCCAACACUCGCUUCUUUCAGCCGGCACACGGAACUAGCACGGCAAUCGGAUCGAGACGUCUCCUUUGCCCCCACCAUCCAAACCACCGAACGCAGCGUCCACAAAACAAAAGCGGAAAAGAUUGCAACCAUGGUGAAUGAAAUCGAGUACGAUCCGGACAACGAUUACUUCGCUAUUCUGGGUGUAUCUCCAGUGGUGACCCAAGCAGAACUAAAGAAACGAUACAAGAAACUGGUGCUCAAGUUACACCCCGACAAACAUCCCUUGGGUGCACGAAAAUAUUUUCACGUGCCAUUCACCCGCAUGCAGAAAGCAUACGAUAUUCUUAAAGACCAUUCAGAGCAUAUGAUGUAUUACCACUAUCGAAUGCGGUAUUAUACAAAGAUGUUUUUUCAGUCCAAGUCCAACGGUUGGUCCGAGUACUUGUGCGAGUUGAGUUGGAAACACAAACACAAAAUCGACACCGAAACUAAAAAAAUCGACGCCCUGAUCAGCAUAUCAGAGAAAUGGAAACAAGAAGAAAAGAAACGUCGGGACACGCAGAGAGCACAGGAGGAAGAACAUCGAAAAGAACACGAGCGUCAGAAAGAAAUCCAGGCAGAAAAAAGAAGGCAAGAAGAGGAGGAAGCCGAAAGGCAAAAAAGAAAACGGGAGGAACAGGCGAAAGAGAGAGAGAAACGAGCGACAGAAGACGAGGCAGAAGACAAUGCAGAACUGAAGGCAGAACUGAAAGCAGAGCUGAAAGAAGUCCAGCUGGAAUUUGAAAUCUGGGAGUUGCGCCAGAAAGUCAAAAGGGCAAAAGAAGUCGAGAACAGAGAAAGCGAGCUGAGAUUGCUGGAUGAAAAACGCGACAAGGCUAUCCAAGAGCUCAACGAAGCGCUGAACGACAAGAUGGAGAAUCUGCGAAACGAGUUCCGAAGGAAAACACAAACGCGCGAGGAACAGCACGAACGGGAGGUGCAGAACAAAAAGGCAUUCCACGAAACGGAGCGAGAAACCCAGAAAAUCGACCGCAAGCGCGUCCGGGACAGCUAUCGGUCGUGGGACAACGAAAUGCGGUCGAUUGUGGAGGGCGACGGGCCGCCGCCGGCGAAGGCACCGAAGCGACCCGACUUUUACAAGCCCUGCUUUGGCCGGAAAAAGAACGGCACGUACUGUCGGUUCUGCAAGAAAGCCGGAGGGUUUUGCUCCAUGCACGCGGACCAGAAAUGGUGAACCACGCAACCGGGAUUCCGUUGGGCAGCUGCACAAU